UCGCGAAGAAAAUGUCAAUACAAGUGUGCGCGAAAACAUUUUGACAGCAUGAUAUUUUAACAAUUCUCAGCGACAUAUUUGUGAAAAUUACGUGAUAUAUUUAAUUAUAUUAAGAUGUCGAGCAUCACGAUAUCGGCCAUAAGACCACGGACCAGUAUCCUUGACAAAUCCUUGAGCAAGGGUAAGGGAGAGGUUAGCUUAAGCUGCUUUGCCCUCCUGUUCUCCGAAUUGGUGCAAUAUUGUCAAAACAGAGUCUACACCGUUCCGGAGCUGCAGAAUAAAUUGGCAGAGAUCGGAGCAGAGGUUGGGCACAGGAUAACGGAUCUGCUCGUGGUACGGGAAAAGGGUGGCAAACGCGAGAUAAAGCUGCUUAACGUGCUGCUGUUUGUCAAAAGUACGGUGUGGAAGUCCCUGUUCGGUCGAGAGGCCGAUAAGCUGGAGCACGCCAACGACGACGAACGUACUUAUUACAUCAUCGAGAAGGAGUCCCUGGUGAACAAAUUCGUGUCGGUGCCCAAAGAUAAGGGAAGCUUGAACUGCGCGUCCUUCGUCGCCGGUAUCGUGGAGGCUGUACUUUGCGAUCACGGCUUUCCCGCUAAGGUAACCGCGCACUGGCACAAAGGAACCACGUACAUGGUGAAAUUCGAUGACGCCGUUAUCGCCCGCGACAAGCAACUGGAGGAUCGGUAAUAGAAAGAAAAUAAAAACGUUACUGUAAACUAUCUCUAUAAAGUGAAAAUAUGUAAUACCUGUACGCGAAGUUUAUGAAUUAUUGUGAUAAAUCCACGAAAUCUUUAA